UAUCAUUGAUAAUAUCAGUACAUAUAAGAGAGUAAUUAUUUUGUCGUAUAUUGUUUUUGGGAAGAAAUUAUUUUGUAUUUACUGUUGAAAUCUAAUCGUUGAAUAACACGAACACAAGAAUCGGCUUUUGAUAUAUCAAUAAUGAACGGUCGAGUUAUGCGGCAAAAUAUACUCGAUUACAGCAACCCUAUGCUUAAUGUGGACAAUAAUUGCGAACAAGCAAUGAAUCCGUAUUACAAUCGACAACAAAAUGAGUACCAAAUCGAGGAACGGAUUGAAGUGAUUGAGGAAAGAGUGCCCGGAUGUUGCUUUAUAUCAACCAUUUGGCGCAAAAAUUGCAAUAUUUUCAGGCCAUGUCUGGGAAUGCUUAAUGUGGACAAUAAUUGCGAACAAGCAAUGAAUCCGUAUUACAAUCGACAACAAAAUGAGUACCAAAUCGAGGAACGGAUUGAAGUGAUUGAGGAAAGAGUGCCCGGAUGUUGCUUUAUAUCGACCAUUUGGCGCAAAAAUUGCAAUAUUUUCAGGGUCAUAGCUUUAAUCUGUAGUUUCUUCGUUGAUCUGUUGAUGUUGUUAUGUCUCCUAUCGACCAAUUGGUUGACAACAAAUAAAUAUAGACAGGGAUUGUGGCAGUACUGCAUCGACGCCGACAGUCCGCGGCCACUGCCGUUCGGCCUACAGGACACCGAUGGCUGCCAUUGGGGUAGAGAUGCAGCUUAUAUACGUUUGUCGGGAUUUUUUUGUAUUUCGUGUCUCGUGUUGGCCUUCACGGCCACUAUAUUGACGGCGUUUGGCCUCUCGAGCCGCGACCCGAACCGAAAAUAUACUUUUUAUCGUUUCGCGCUUUAUAUCAAUUUAGCGGCGCUACUGGCAGUGAUAGUGGCGCUGACAUUAUAUCCGGCCUUUUUCUAUAACGAGUUACACCACUCAGACUUAGUGCCAGCGAAUCGGCCGCUUUGGUACUUCGGUUGGGCGUAUGGCGUGGGCUGGGGUUCAGCCAUAUUCCUCAUCGGAGCCAUUCUUCUGCUCGUCUGCGAUAAGGAGACCGAAGAGAUCUACUAUAAGGAGAGGACGAUUCUCCACAACAACCACAACAACUCCGCCAAAGCAUAACAUUUAGAUUACAGAAACAUCGACAUAGAAAACAACAAACUUAUUAUGUUUGCAACUAUUAUAUGAAUCUCAUCCGGAAUUGUGUGACAAUAUAUACAUAUGUAUAUCGUUUCAAACGAUAUUAUAUUAUAUUAUUCUAUAUAGAAAUACAUUUCUCUGGCAUCUUAUUUAUUGUAAAUUACAUAACAAAUUGGGGGUUAAAUCUAAAGCUGUGUCUCAAUUAGUU